ACACUGAGACACUGGGACUCUAAGACACUGUACACUUGGACACUGUUCCAGAGAGGACACCUCUAGGACACCCUGUGGGAUUCAGAAUGCUUUAUUGGGGCAAACUGAACUCAACAGAAGAUGAUCCUUCACAUCAGGACAAUAAAAUAUGUGAUGAAAUUUUCUGCAAGAUGGGAAUCAAGGAUAUGUCAAUCACAUCUCAGGGGCUCGCGGCGUUCAUCAGGGACCCGGACCGGAGAGUCACCUUAGUGACGUCACAUAAGAGAAUGACUUUAGAUUUGAAGAAGGAGCGAGCUGGCAUAUGCAGCGCCGGGCAGGAGCAUGUUGUGAUUGUAACUGAGGCAGGGGCGGUGUGGGAAUGGAAGCAUUCGACCCAAUCCAACAUACCCAGGAAGAUCAGCCCAUUAAAUAACUUACACAUUGCACAAGUUGCAUGUGGCAGCUAUCACACUGUCGUCCUAACAAAAGAUGGUCAGCUGUUCACGUGGGGUCAGAACUCGAGGGGUCAGCUGGGUUUAGGGAAAGGCGAGCCGAGCUCUCUGUCUCCUCAGCCCCUCAAGUCUCUGUGUGGGAUCCCACUGGCUCAGAUCAGCGCAGGAGGAGACCACAGCUUCGCCCUGUCUCUCUCGGGGGCUGUGUUCGGCUGGGGCAGGAACAGCGCCGGGCAGCUGGGUCUGGGAAACACUGACGACAGACACGCCCCUGUUUGUGUGAAGAGCUUGAAUUUGAAGAAAACUGUUUUCAUCUCAUGUGGAGAGGACCAUACUGCUGUUCUAACAAAGGGAGGGUUGUUGUUCACAUUUGGAUCAGGUCGUUAUGGGCAGCUUGGACACAACUCACUGAGAGAUGAACUACUGCCUCGUGUAAUUGCUGAAUUCUGGGGGUCCAAAGUGUCCCAGAUAGCCUGUGGAGGGCAUCACACUCUGGCACUGGUUGAGUCAUCAAACACGAUCUACUCGUUUGGAUGUGGAGCACAAGGUCAGCUGGGAAAUGGCCUGAGGACCAAUCAGUGUGUGCCGUUUCCUGUUGGGCUGCCACCAGAAUACAGCCCUGAUCAGGCAGUUAAGAAAAUUACUGCUGGAGGGAAUAUUUCUGUUCUCUUUAUCUCUGAUGAUGCUCAAGCAAGUUCAAACCUGAGUUCCUGUAACACCACAGCAGUGUUAAAUGAUGAAAUGAUUGAUCGCUGGAUUUCACCCUGUAACUCAAAAACCCGGAAAAGAAACCAAAAGAAAAUCCAGAAAAUGUUCUCAUCAGCAUCAUGCAUUAAUGGGAGCUUCUGUGAGAAAAGCGAUGACCAGCAUUAUAAAACAUCUAAACUGUAUUCUGGUCUCGAUUUAUCUUUGGCUCGUCUUGCCUUUGAGAAGCUGGCCAAAAAGGACAAUGUUCUACCAGAGGUCGAGACGGUGGUGGAGAAAGCCCUUCUGCCCUCUCUGAGCCCGGAUGCUGCUGGUGUGGAAGCACUGAGGGUUUACCUCAUCCUGCCUGAACUCCUCCGAGUGCUGAAAAAACAAGGGCGUGGCACACAGCUCACUGUUGCACUGGCACGUGCCAUCUUACAACUGAAGCCUGAGUCAAUGGAGGUGUUAACAAGCCUGUGGACCAAACUGCCCUACUACUACUACAGGACUCUGGUGAAGAUGUUUCACUCUGUGUGUGCUCACUUUAUGUCACUGAGGAUAAAAACAACUUGUGACCACUGGACUGAAGUUUUACCUCUGCUAAGGGUUCUGCGGAAACUUUACAAUGUUAAUAGUCAGAGAGCUGCAUCCCUGACUGAGGGUUACUUUCUUAUCAAGGAACUCAAUGACUUCUUCACCUUGAUGAAUCAAGAUCGUUUAAAACAUCUAUUCUCAGUAAAGAGAUUGUCUGAAGAGGACAGGAUGGAACGCCUCAUAUGUUAUCGUUUUAUUCUUGAUUUAAAGAGUAAACAGACAGCCUUCCAGUUUUUACAGAUGGAACAUGGUUCUUUAACUGCCAAUCGAAAUACACUGUGUGUGAACAGAGAAACUGUGCUGGCUGACACACGUGUGUACCUGGAACAAGACAGACAUAAUUUUUGUCUCCCUUUAAUGGUAAAAUUUAAUCUGGAGGAUGGGUUAGAUUAUGGAGGCGUGAGUGCUGGAUUCUUCACCCUGAUUGGACAGGAGAUAAAAGACUCCAGUGUCAUUCAAACUUUUGAGGACUCGGGACUCGUCUGGUUCUCUGCUGAUUCUGAAUCCAGUCAGGAGGAAUUCUUUUACUUUGGCGUCAUGUGUGGCUUGGCCUUAUAUAAUCACUAUUUUAUAAACAUCGACUUCCCGAUGGUACUGUUCAAGAAGCUGCUGGACCUCAGACCGACUCUGUGUGACCUGGAGGAGCUGUCGCCAGUGGAGGCCAGAAGCCUAAAGAAUUUACUGACAGAAGACGAGGAUGUUGUGGAAGUGCUUUAUUUGGAUUUCACAGUAAAAGGAAUAGAACUCAUUCCGAAUGGAGCAGAAAUCCCAGUCACAAAAGCCAACAGGCAGAAAUAUGUGGACUUGUACGUCGACUUUGUUUUUAACAAGUCUGUAGAAGGACAGUUUAGGAAGUUUAAGGAAGGUUUUUCUCGUGGAAGCCCCUUUGAUCUCUGGAGGAUGUUCAAGCCUGAGGAGCUCAGAGACUUACUCUAUGGCACGUCGAUAUAUGACUGGGAGGAGCUUGAAAGGGGAGUCACUUAUGAACAUUGUGGACCCUUAGACGACCUUAUCCGGGACUUCUGGUCUGUUUUCUUUGAGAUGGAUGAGGAGCACAAGAAGAAGUUUCUGGCUUUCGUUUAUGGAACAGAUCGCUUGCCUGUAGGAGGAAUCUCUAAACUGCAGCUGAAAAUUGUGAAAUGCAACUACAGCGAUGCAGAUGACCGUUUCCCGUCUGCACAGACCUGUUUCGGCAUUUUACACCUUCCGAACUACAGCAGCAUCCAUAUACUUCAAAGCAAACUCACUGAUGCCAUUAAAUAUUGUGAAAUUUUUGGACAAAGAUAAAGGUACUUUUGGAAAGGUGGCAUUACAAUGUCCACUUCAAGUCCAUUACUCCUAGCUUCAUAUGUGACUCGUAUCUAACCUGAGGACUUGAUAUGACGUGUCACAUACUGUAUAUUAUCAGUGAAACUAUCAUUAUGACUGGCUACAGUACCUAUGUUUACUUACCUUAUGGUUUAAGAGUUAUUACAGCCUCUUGCUGUAUUGUCAGUUAGAUGGGUUUGUAUUGUAGUUUUAAACCUUGUUUCCUAAUUCCUUUUUUGCUUAGUUUCUAUUUCUGCGCACUAUUCUGCAGUUCAUUAUUUAUUUAUUUAUUUAUUGGUUUGCUGUUUUAUUUGUUGCUUAUUUCUAUUGUUGCUUAUUGGUUUGUUUGGAUUUGGAUUUUAUUCCAUUUUAUUUUCUUAUUAGUAUCAGUUUUUUUUAUUCUGUUCCUGUCUGUAGCUAUUUCAGGAUUGUACAGCAUUUUUUUCAACUGUGUUGUGUUAAAUGUAAAUGUGCUUUAAAAAUAAAUUUGACUUG